CUGGGUUUCCUAUGGGCUGCUCGGGCUAGGGUCAGUCGCUAGUCUCUCACUCUCAGCAGCUGCUGUUUAUAUCCUGUCGGGGCUCCGCGAGUGCCAUGGCCGAACUGUGCCCGCUGUCCGAGGAGCUGUCGUGCUGCAUCUGCCAGGAGCUCUUCAAGGACCCGGUUACCAUCCCAUGCGGCCACAGCUUCUGCAUGUCGUGCCUGGACAGGACCUGGGUCUUCCAGGGCGAGCCCUACUGGUGUCCCCAGUGCCGCACCUCCUAUACUGCGCGCCCGCUGCUGCACAAGAGCACGGUGCUGUGCGCUGUGGUGGAGCAGUUAGUGCAGACCAGUCAGGUGCAGGCCGAACAGGAGCAGGCACAGGCGACGGCCUGUGACAGGAAGCCAGCUGGCUGCUCCGAGGACAAGGACUGGCUGCCCUGCAAUCAGUGCCCCAGGGAGCAGGCUGUGAUGACCUGCCUGGAGUGCAGGGCCUCCUUCUGCCUGGUGCACCUGCAGCCGCACCUCAGCGACCCGGCCUUCCGGGACCACCCUCUGCAGACCCAUAUCCCUGAUCUGCAGCUCCACAAAUGCCCCCAGCACUACCGUCUGCAGGAGUUCUUUUGCCCUGAGCACAGCAAGUGCAUUUGCCAGAGCUGCCUGGUGGAACACAAGGUCUGCUCACCCAUAACCCUGAGCCAGGCCAGCACUGACCUGGAGAACAAGCUGAGGCAGAAGCUCAGCAUCAUGGACAGUGAAAUCAGCAGGGCAUGCCUUGCACUGGAGGACAUGCAAGCCAGGAAGCAAAGAGUGCAGGAUGCUGCAGGACAGAAGAUUGAGGAGAUGAAACAGGAAUACCGGGAAAUGAAGGUGCUCAUUGACUCCUCUGAGGCCAGCACUAUUCACAAGAUAAAGGAAGAGGAGAAGAGGAUGAGAAGUGAGUUCGACAGUGCUUAUCAGAUUCUGCUCAAGAAGAGGAAUGAGAUCCAGACCCUAAAGGAUGAGGUCGAGCUCAACCUGGCUGAGAAGGACAAGUUCGAGUUUGUGGAGAAAGCAUCCAAACUGCAAGAAAUCUCCAUGAAGCCAGUCUAUGUCCCUAGGGUGGGGGACGAGCUGAUGAAGGACAUCUGCCAGGGCACCGUGGACCUCAAGAAUAAGCUGAGCCGGGCUGUGCAGCAGCUCCAGGACAAGAAGUUCCCACAUCCUUUUACCAGCGUCACCCUGGGAGCAUCUAGAACUGCGAGGGCUGUGGCAGUGAAUGUCAUUAAUGAAGCCAUAUGUGAUAGUGAUAUGUUUCUGACAAUAUCUGAUUGUUGAGAACUUUCUUUCUGAAAAGAAAACAAGCCCAAGGAAAUUCAAAUGUUUGCAUUUUUAUUUCUUUUGGCUUUUGAGACUUCUCCAAACCUAAAACUAAAAACUGGCACCAAACCCGGCCUGGUGGCACCCGCUUAAAAUCCUGGGGUUCAGGGAAGCUGAGGCAGGAAGAUCAAAAGGAAUUUCUGCCCAUGUGAAGCACUGCCAACCUCAGCAUGGUGCCUGCCCACCAUGGUACUGGACAGCAGCUCCCUCCAACACUGACCUCAGGGUUCUUCCAAACUAGAAAACUGAACUCCUCACUUUUUUCAUGCAUGCUGAUACUCCCACAAUCCUCUGUGAAAACCACGGGCUGCCUGCCCCUUCAAACUCCACUGCCUGUCGAACUGAAUAAAAGCUUUCAGCUUCGUGUCUGCGCCCUUGGGAUCGUGCAGUCUCCCGCAGCUGUCCCUUGUCCACAAUAAAGGCCUUUCUCUUUUGUGCA